UUGGCCAAAAAUUUUAGCUUGGCGCUGUCGUUUGUUUUUCCCAUUAAUUUUCCUGGCCCGACCCUGAAAUCAAUAAGCAUCAAAUAUUUAAAGCUGUGUGUGCCACAAAUUUAGCAUGACGGAGGAAUACUCGGAAAUCUUGCCCCAGAGGGGUCUAAUGGAUGGAAUCGCCUCGCUAGUGGGCGUUCCCGUGGAGGCCCUGCGAUUGCUGCUCACCAUUUUGGCAGGUUAUCCCGUGGCUUUUGUUUAUCUGAAAUUCAUUGCCGGCAUAAACGAUAAAAAAGUGCACCACCUGUUCUUUGCCGCCAGUGGCGCUGGACUCUGCUACUUCAACUAUGGCUCUGAUACAUAUCACUCUCUGCUGGGGAUCGUUACCACAUAUUUCCUGGUACUCUUCCUGCGGAAAAAGACACAAAUCUUUCUGACCCUGAACUUUGUGUUCCAUAUGUCUUAUCUGCUGUUGGGUUACUUCUUCACCUCCAGCAAUGAUUAUGAUAUCCUGUGGACGAUGCCCCAGUGCAUCUUGGUCCUGCGAAUGAUUGGAUUUGGAUUUGAUGUAACCGAUGGCCUGAAGGCAGAGUCUGAGCUGUCCAAGGACCAGAGAGAAACGGCCUUGAGGGAGCCACCAUCUCUGCUAGAACUAUUGGCCUUUGCAUAUUUCCCCAGUGGAUUUUUGGUGGGUCCCCAGUUUCCCUAUCGCCGUUACCAGUCUUUUAUCAACGGGCAAUUCCGUAAGCACGAGGGUAGCUUUGAGGCCGGCGUUCGUCGGUUUGGAGCGGGAGCCUUUUACCUGCUCGUGUGUCAAGUGGGUCUGAGUUACUUCCCUGACUCGUACUUUCUCACCCCUGAGUUUGCGGAGCAGUCUUUCAUCAAGAGAAUUUAUUUCUUGGGCUUCUGGGCCAAGUUCAGUCUGUACAAGUACAUCUCUUGCUGGCUGCUCACCGAGGGAGCCCUCAUUGGCAUCGGUCUGACCUAUAAGGGAAAGAAUAAGGAUGGUGAACCAGACUGGUCCGGCUGCAGUAAUGUCAAGCUAAUGCUCUUGGAAACCGGCAACACCAUGGAACACUAUGUGCAGAGCUUCAAUGUAAACACGAAUCAGUGGGUGGGACAGUACAUCUACAAGCGGCUCAAGUUCCUCAACAAUCGCACGAUCAGCUAUGGCGCAGCUCUGGGUUUUCUGGCUGUAUGGCAUGGAUACCACUGCGGAUACUAUAUGACCUUCCUUAUGGAGUACAUGGUCGUGAGUACGGAAAAGCAAAUUACCCGCUUCUACACCAGCGUAGUUUUGCCCAAGUGGGGUGAGGUUCUCAACAACUCUGACAUCUACAAGCUGCUCUACUUCAUUGCUCUUAAAUCGUACAACAUUUGCUUCAUGGGCUGGUGUCUCACGGCAUUUGUUUUCUUGAAAUACGAGCGAUGGAUCGUGGUUUAUGGGGCAGUAAAUUACUAUGGCUUCACUUUCCUGUUCCUCUGGGCCGUCUUCUAUCACACCUACCGAACCCUUUUCCGGGUUAGUUCGCGAAAGCCAGGUGGCGAGGAUGAAAGGCCAGUGGAAAGUAAGACGGAAGAGAAAAAGUCGCAGGAACAAAUCAGUGGAGAAAAGGACGCAGAUGACAAGAAGUCUGAGUAGCAAGGAGAGUUUACCAACAGAAAGUAGCUUGAAAGUUCUCAAAAUUGUAGUUACUCCUUGACAAUUGUUUGGAAUUGGUAUUUAUCAGAAUCUUACUAACCAAAUAAUAAGUUUUACCAAAUAAUAUUGCCACUGUAACUAGAGAUUUGUUAACUGAAAAAACAAUUUUAUACAUAUAAUUCGUCUGCCUAGUCAAGGAGGAGUCAUCCCCAAGUAUGCAGUGUGUUUUAUGGCGAUAAGAUACUGGCUUAUCUGGGCCCAAAAACAGCACAUUGUCAGUCGUAUAUAUGUAUGUUAUGGAAUUGUAAAUUGUAUAAGUGUUAAAAUCAUGUUAGAUCAACUAGUAACUACGACAGAUCACCUACAAGACUUAUAAGAGGCCCGGGUCUAUGAAAAUCAAAUAAUUUCUGUUACAGAUUUCUUGUAUCGAAAGAAGGGAGCAUCAUAACUAAGCCAUAAAGACAAUUUUAUACCAAUGCAAAGGAUAAAGGGAUGCAAAGAUACAUAUAUUUUGAUAUGCUCACAUUAAGUGCAAAUUUAAUUAAUGGAAACGCGAAAUAAAUGCAAUGAAGUUAUUUUUAGGUAA